AAGGAUUCUAAAUUGGGGUGAAAGAGUGGCAGUGAGGGAGAAUGGCUUCUGCUCCGAUUUCUAACGUCUUCGUCUAUGGCAGCCUCCUUGCUGACGACGUCGUUCGAGCCCUCUUAGGCAGCGGUUUAGUAUCAAGGAACAUGUUUACCCUGCAAAUUAUACGUGUUGAAGAUAAGAAAGUCGAUGGCAGGGUUCUGCUCGGCAUCACACCUCCAGAACUUCAUAUUCUGGAUGAAUUUGAGGAUGAAAGGGAACGUGUUGAUGUGAUUUUGAAGGAUGGUAUGGAGAAACUGAUAGCCAUCACAUACGUAUGGGAAAAUAAGACCGAUCCAAACUUAUAUGGAAGCUGGGAUUUUGAAGAGUGGAAAAUAUUGCACAUGGAUGGCUUCUUGAAGAUGACGAAGGGUUUCAUGAACGAAUUGGAGCUACCUGAUGCCAACACACGAGUUGCGACGUAUGAUUCAUUUUAUGAAGGGAUGGAUAAUAAGCACUCUAUUUCUUAAAUAUCAUGGUCCUGCAAUUUCGACUGUUGAUUAAUCUUCUCUUCUUAGAUGUUUAUGUAAGUAAAAUAAGAGCAAUGAACAGGUUGGCCAAGUUAGGAUGGAUGAUCCAUCCAAUUCAUUUCCAACGUGA